GCUCGUGUGGAGCGGAUGGAGCAAUUCCAGAAGGAGAAAGAUGAGUUGGAUAAAGGCUGCCGGGAAUGCAAACGGAAACUCGCCGAGUGCCAGAAAAAACUGAAGGAGCUGGAGGUGGCGGAUCCCGAGAGCGGGAAAGGGGAGCUGGAAAAGCUCCAGGCUGAAGCUCAGCACCUGAAAAACGAGGAGAAAACCUGGGAGAACAAACUAGAGGAGCUGAAAAGGAAGGAGAGGAAGAUGCCCUGGAAUGUCGACACCCUCAGCAAAGACGGCUUCAGCAAGAGCGUUUUCAACGUCAAACCGGAGGAGAAGGAGGAGACGGAGGAACAGAAGGAGAAGAAACACUUGUCCUUCGUCGAGAGGAAUGAGAAGCAGAUCAAACAUUUUGGGAUGCUGCGGCGCUGGGACGACAGCCAGAAAUACCUCUCGGACAACCCUCACCUCGUUUGCGAGGACACCGCUAAUUACUUGGUCAUCUGGUGCAUCGAUCUGGAGGUGGAAGAGAAACACGCGCUGAUGGAGCAGGUCGCCCACCAGACCAUCACCAUGCAGUUCAUCCUGGAGCUCGCCAGGAGCCUCAAGGUGGACCCCAGGGCUUGCUUCCGGCAGUUUUUCACCAAAAUUAAGACGGCCGACCAGCAGUACAUGGAGGGCUUCACCUGCGAGCUGGAGGGCUUCAAGGAGCGCGUGCGGGAGCGGGCGCGCGUCCGCGUGGAGGCGGCCAUGAAGGAGUACGACGAGGAGGAGCGCAGGAAGCGCCUCGGCCCCGGCGGCCUCGACCCCGUCGAGGUCUACGACUCCCUCCCUGCC